UACAUUUUUUUUUAGGUGAGUUGUUAGUGCAAACCUAACCACUAAUACUCCAAUAAAGUAAUAAACAAAUUGGUCCCCAUCCCAAUUCCCAAGAGAUUUAAAAGUAGGGUCCACCAUCUUCAUAAUAACUCAUACUCAAAGUCAAAAUUAAUAAAGCCUUGAUUAGUAUGAGAGGCAGAGCAGGUAAUGAUGUAGCCACAUAUUAGGAAACACUUAAGAGACAGAGAUAAUCCAGUUAAUUAAUUCAUUAAUUACAUAUUUAAAUCUAACAAAAUCAGAAAAAAAAAAACAUAUUGUAAUGAAAUGCAUAUUGUUAUUAUUAGAUGGAAAAAAAAAAUGCCAAAAAUGCAAACACAAAAACAUUUCCACAUUCCCAUUUUCUCACCACCUUCAACGGAUCCUACACAUUUCCACAUUACCCAGUUGAGGAGAGAGAAAAUUAUGUUAGAUGAGAGAGAUUCAACAAAUUCCAUUUUUAGGGAACAACCCACAUUACACAAAGAUUUAAGCUUUGAUCUUUAUUGCUGAUUCCAGUUUUUUUGCAGAUUGAAGGAUAGAGAAAGAGGGAAGAUUUUGAGUAAUUUAGGGCAGAGAAAUUGGGAGAAAUACCUAUGCCGGGUAGUCAAUCAACGGUGUCAAGCGAUCAUGAGGAAGAAACGGGUGAAAGGGAAUUUCGUGCAAAUGGGAAUUCCAUGAAAACUGCUGAGGUUGAAGCCAAACUUGAUGAGGGCAAUAUUCAGGAAGCUGAAUCAUCUUUGCGCGAGGGCUUAUCUCUUAAUUUUGAAGAAGCCAGGGCCCUUUUGGGAAGGUUGGAGUACCAGAGGGGUAAUGUAGAAGGAGCGCUUCGUGUAUUUGAAGGUAUCGAUCUCCAUGCUGCAAUACAGAGAUUCCAACCAUCUCUUGGUGACAAGCCAUCUAAAAAGGGUCGUCCUCGGACUGAGUCUGUGCAUAACGUCCCUCAGCAUGCUACUGGACUAGUUCUUGAAGCCAUAUAUCUGAAGGCCAAAUCCCUUCAAAAGCUUGGGAGGUUAACUGAGGCUGCUGGUGAAUGUAAGAGUGUCCUAGAUGCAGUGGAAAAGAUUUUUCAACAUGGCAUACCUGAUUUGCAAGUAGACGGUCGGUUGCAAGAGACAGUCAGUCAAGCUGUGGAACUGCUUCCCGAGCUCUGGAGGCAAGCUGGAUCUCACGAUGAGACUAUUGCUGCUUAUAGGCGUGCCCUUCUUAGUCAGUGGAAUCUUGAUAAUGACUGCUGUGCAAGGAUUCAGAAAAAAUUUGCAGUAUUUCUGCUAUAUAGCGGUGUAGAGGCUGUUGCACCCAGUUUGUCUGUACAGAUUGAUGGGUCUUAUAUUCCUAGAAACAAUUUAGAGGAGGCAAUUCUACUGCUGAUGAUCCUAAUACGGAAAUGUGCCCUUGGUAAGACCAAAUGGGAUCCGUCAGUCAUGGAGCACCUUACAUUUGCUUUAUCUCUAUGCAGUCAGACCUCUGCCCUGGCCAGGCAACUUGAAGAGGUCAUGCCCGGGACUUUUAAUCGUAUUGACCGCUGGAUUGCCUUGGCUCUUUGUCACAGUGGUGCAUGGGAAAACGGAGAAGCUUUGAAUUUAUUAAGGAAGUCUUUACAUGAAAAUGAGAGACCAAAUGACCUUAUGGCUUUGUUAUUAGCAGCUAAGAUUUGCAGUGAGGAUCCUCUUUUGGCUGCUGAGGGUGUGGAAUAUGCACGGAGGGCAAUUACUAGUGCCUCAGAUGAUGAGCAUAUGAAAGGUGUUUCUCUACGCAUGCUGGGCCUUUGUCUGGGGAAGCAAACUAAAGUAUCCUCCUCUGACUAUGAAAGGUCUAUUUUGCAGUCUGAAGCUUUAAAAUCAUUGGAAGAGGCUCUUACUUUUGAGAGCAACAAUCCAGAUCUUCUUUUAGAGUUGGCAGUUCAAUAUGCAGAGCAUCGCAAUGUGCAUGCUGCAUUGCGAUAUGCAAAGCAGUUUAUUGAUGCAACUGGUGGAUCUGUGUUGAAAGGUUGGCGGUUACUCGCUUUAAUUCUGUCUUCCCAGAAGAGAUAUUCUGAAGCUCAAGUGGUUAUUGAUGCCGCUUUAGACGAGACUGCAAAAUGGGAGCAGGGCCCACUUCUUAGAAUGAAAGCAAAGCUUAAGAUCUUUCAGUCAUUACCUAUGGAUGCAAUAGAAACUUAUCGUUAUCUGCUGGCACUUGUUCAAGCCCAGAGAAAAUCUUUUGGCCCCGUCAAAGCUAAUCAUCAGAUUGACGAUGAUAAAGUAAAUGAGUUUGAGGUCUGGCUUGGUCUAGCAAAUUUAUACUCCAGCCUUUCUCACUGGAAGGAUGUUGAGGUCUGCUUGGAGAAAGCUCUGUCUCUCAGGCAAUAUUCUGCUGAAACAUUACAUACUGAAGGUGUCAUGUAUGAAGGAAGGGGAUUAGUUAAAGAAGCGUUGGCUUCUUAUACCAAUGCUGUUCUAUUGGACCCAAAUUAUGUACCCUGCAAGAUACUGCUUGGUUCAUUGCUUUCAAAAAUGGGACCACAAGCAUUGCCUGUAGCGAGAAACUUGUUGUCAGAUGCAUUGAGGCUUGAUCCCACAAACCGCAAUGCUUGGUAUUACCUUGGAAUGGUACACCGAGAUGAUGGAAGAAAUUCUGAUGCUGCUGAGUGCUUUCAAGCUGCCUCAAUGCUUGAUGAAUCUGAUCCUAUUGAGAGCUUUAGCUCUGUUCUUUAGCUAUGGCCUGCCAUUUUCUGCAUUCUGCAGAAUACAUAAUUUUCUUUCCAAUUUUAUAAAACUUUUCCCUCUUUUUCUCCCUUCCUCCUUUUUCCCUUUCCUUUUUUUCUGUGGUUAUUGGAGGCGGAUAUGCACAAAUAUGCAUAUUUACGCGUAUCCAUGGUACCGCACUUUGACAUAGCUGAACUUCUGACAGAUGAGUGGUACUGAAGAAGGCUUUGUAUCAUCAUGUAUUCAUUUAUAUAGUGAGUGGUUGAAGAAAGAACACAGCAGUUCUGUUGUCUGUAACGGAGAUAGUGCGAAGGAGAUGAUAAGAGGGCAACUUCUUAUUUAUGUAUCUGAGGUGUAGCUUUUAGAUGUUAAGGAUGUGUAAAUAUUACUAACUUCAUUCAAUUAUUCAUAUAUAGAAUAAAUUUUUUCAGUUUGCUUUCAAA